CCUGUUUAAUAACAAAGCCUGUAGAGAGAGCUUUGUUUUGCCCAGCACAGUGGGAUUAAAUGACAAGAAGUUUUCUUGAAUGCGCUCCCAAACCUCACUUUCAGUUGGAGCUCUGCCUUCCCACAAAGCUCAUUUCUUUGUUUAUUCUCUCUCAGCUAGCCUACAAACGUUUCUUUUAUUGCCUCUCUGCUUUCCUUUUCUUGCUGCUUUUAACAGACUUUUAAUAUGGACACAUCUAGAUGCAAAUCGAACCCCUGCCUCUUAUUUGCAAUUUGCCUACUUUCAGACAGCAUUCUUUCCAGUGUUUGGACUACCAGGAAACAGGGACCUUUAACUAUGAAGAACAGCCUUAUUGCUUCAGAUCAAAGGUCCACCUAGCACAAUAUUUGUCUGAUCUUUCUCCAUGAUGCAUCAGUUUAUCAUUCAACCCAACCAGAGGCAUAAUAUGCCUUUUUGCCAAGACAGAAAUAAGGGUUCAUAGAGUCAAGGCUUCAGAUAGUUGUUAGAAGUGCUGAAGACAUGCCUGGCACAAACAGGCUCUGAAAAUGAUGCUGCAGGGCAAAGCCAAGGCUGCUAUCCCUCUCAGUAAUGCUCCUUCUUUGUAAAAAUCACAUACCCAGUGCAGCACUACUACAGCAUAUAACAGAAAGAACAGUGAAUUGGGGACUGUGAUCAGUGAUAACAAACAAAUACUGUGAUCAGUGACCCCGCUGACUGACAUCAUUAGAAGCAUGCCAGAACAAAAAAGUGAGAAAUAACCACAAUAGAGAUAUUUCUUAUGACAGACCAUACAUCUAAACAGAUUAACAAAACACUAUGGAAACCAAAAACCAUUCACUGAAAGUGUCCAUAACCGGAUGGCUCAUCUAUAAAGAACUACAGGAAAGCAUAUACUUUAUGUUCUCAUCUUUGUAUUUUCAUCUCAGGAAGCUUCCUAAACAUCAACUUUCUUUUUUUUUUUUUAGUUAUUAGCCUUCAAGUUAUUAGGCUGACAUGCAGGUUACUCUCUUCCAAGAAAUUGUCUACUGUCUUGUUCCCUCUGUUAGCUGAAAAGGAAAGCAGCUAUCUUGUCAUCAACUUAAGCAAGGCUUGUGUCAAGUCAAGGACAUGCUGCUUACCAAGUACCAAAUAAAAUAUAUUAAGGACACAGACUUUCUCAUUGGCUCUUGUGAGUUACUGUUUCAUGCACACUUGCUUUACUUGGGGAUAUCUAUUAUCUGCGACACUAGGUGGGUAACCAUAUUAUUACAGAACUAAGAUACUUAGAAAUAAAUGCCAAAAUAUAAUUGAUAUUUUAAAGGUUAAUUAUGUAAACAAAGAUUUUAAUGGCAGUCGCCUAGUUUAUUUUGCCUGUAAGAUGGCCUUUUCAAUUGGCUGUAACCUUGACAGUUUAACCAAUUUUCCUUUUAAGUAAUGCCCUAGGCCAUGUAGUUUUAGCGUUCCUGGUUGUUGGUGGUUUUGGUUUGGUAUUGUUUUCAAGAACGAUUUUUGGAAAUAACAAGAAGAGAAAUAAAAGACCUUAGACCUCCUUCGGUGAAGGAGCCAAGCGAUGAAAAAAAGCCGCUGUUCUGCGGACGCACGAUGGUGUCGGGAAGUUUUACAUAACCAACUGCUGAAAAUGCCUUAAUGCGACGGGGGCCGUCCCCGCUCGCUCAAAGCCUGGCUGCCAAGUUUGCUGUUGUUUCCUUAAAUACCAGCCAGGGCACUGCAAGCCCGCAGAGCCUCUCCGAGCCCCGCCGCCGACAGAGGCUGCGCUCCUUCGCAACGCCGCCUCCCUCCCAGGCUUGCGAGCAGCCUGGCUCUCCGAAGCGGCCGUUUGAGCGCCGGGAGCGGAGCGCUUCAGCCGCCGCUCCGGGAAUCGCACAGGGAAUCACGGAGGAAAUCCUCACUGCCUGCCCUGCGGCCGGGCGGGCGGAGGGGGUGUCUGUGUGGGGGAGCGGCGCUGCGCCUGCGCCGAGGGGACCCCGGCGGCCAUUUUGCAGCGUCAGGCGGGCGGCGAGGCGCCCCGGCAGCUGCGCAGAGGGGCCCAGGGGAGCCGGCGGGGAGGGCGGGCGGCGCAGGGCUAUGAGUUAAAGUGCCGCCGCCGCCCCGCCGAGUUCGGGCUUUUCCUCCCCGGCGUUUCCCCCUCCUCCCGCCCCUCAUACCGCCAGCCGCCCCUCCCGGGCCGCCCCCACCCCCGCCAGCCGUGCCUGUCCCAGGGCCGCCCGCGCCAUGCCGUCCGUGCCGCUGCCGCCCAAGGAGAGCAACCUCUUCAAGCGGAUCCUGAAAUGCUACGAACAAAAACAGUACAAAAAUGGACUCAAGUUCUGCAAGAUGAUCCUUUCUAACCCAAAAUUUGCUGAACAUGGAGAGACACUUGCGAUGAAAGGACUGACCUUGAACUGCUUAGGGAAGAAGGAGGAAGCGUAUGAAUUUGUUCGUAAAGGACUUCGUAAUGAUGUGAAGAGUCACGUCUGUUGGCAUGUCUAUGGUCUUCUGCAGCGUUCAGAUAAGAAAUAUGAUGAAGCCAUCAAGUGUUACCGGAAUGCACUCAAACUAGAUAAAGAUAACCUACAGAUCUUGAGAGAUCUCUCUCUGUUACAGAUUCAGAUGAGGGAUUUAGAAGGAUACAGAGAGACAAGAUACCAGCUGCUUCAACUGCGCCCCACACAACGCGCUUCCUGGAUUGGAUAUGCCAUUGCAUACCACUUACUAAAAGAUUAUGAUAUGGCCUUAAAAUUACUUGAAGAGUUUAGGAAAACACAGCAGGUUCCUCCUAAUAAAAUAGAUUAUGAAUAUAGUGAACUGAUUUUAUAUCAGAAUCAAGUGAUGAGAGAGGCAGAUCUUUUUCAGGAGUCUUUAGAACAUAUAGAGACAUAUGAAAAGCAAAUAUGUGAUAAAUUAAUAGUAGAAGAAAUCAAAGGAGAGAUGUUACUGAAGUUAGGAAGACUGAAAGAAGCUGGUGAAGUAUACAAAGAGUUAAUUGAGCGUAAUGCAGAAAACUGGUAUUAUUAUGAAGGCUUGGAAAAGGCCCUGCAACCCAGCACUUUAGAAGAGAGGCUUCAGAUUUAUGAAGAAGUUAGUAAAAGACAUCCCAGAGCAGUUUCACCUAGAAGAUUACCUUUAAACUUUGUUUCAGGUGAAAAAUUUAGAGAACUAACGGAUAAGUUCCUGAGGGUUAACUUCAGUAAAGGCUGUCCACCCUUGUUUACCACUUUGAAAUCUUUAUAUUACAAUCCAGAAAAGGUUUCUACAAUCCAGGAACUUGUUACUGGUUAUGAAGCCUCUUUGAAAACUUGUGACCUUUUUAGUACAUGUGAAAAUGGAGAGAAAGAGCCCCCAACAACACUGCUUUGGGUUCGGUAUUUCCUGGCACAGCACUUUGACAAACUUGGCCAGUGUUCUUUGGCCUUGGAUUACAUUAAUGCUGCAAUUGCAAGCACUCCAACAUUAAUAGAGCUAUUCUAUUUAAAAGCAAAAAUUUACAAGCAUGUAGGUAACAUCAAGGAAGCUGCCAAAUGGAUGGAUGAAGCACAGUCUUUGGAUACUGCAGACAGAUUUAUCAAUUCUAAAUGUGCUAAAUACAUGCUGCGAGCAAAUAUGGUGAAGGAUGCAGAGGAGAUGUGCUCUAAAUUCACAAGGGCAAGAACUUCCGCUAUGGAGAACCUUAAUGAGAUGCAGUGUAUGUGGUUCCAGACAGAAUGUGCUGCGGCUUACCAAAGGCUGGGGAAGUAUGGUGAUGCCUUGAAAAAAUGUCACGAAGUAGAAAGGCAUUUUUUUGAGAUAACAGAUGAUCAAUUUGACUUCCACACGUACUGCAUGAGAAAGAUGACUCUCCGUGCCUAUGUAGACCUUCUGAGAUUAGAAGAUGUGCUCAGGAAACAUGCCUUCUACUUCAAGGCUGCCCGAUCAGCAAUUGAAAUUUACUUGAAGCUCCAUGAUAAUCCUCUUACCAAUGAAAGCAAAGAGCAAGAAGUGAAUUCAGAAAAUCUCUCAGCCAAAGAAUUGAAGAAAAUGCUUAGUAAGCAAAGAAGAGCACAGAAGAAAGCAAAACUUGAAGAAGAAAGAAAGCAUGCAGAAAGAGAACGACAGCAAAAAAAUCAAAAGAAAAAGAGAGAUGAAGAGGAGGAGGAAACUAGUGGACCCAGGGAAGAGCUGGUUCCUGAAAAACUGGAAAGGGUAGAAAAUCCAUUAGAAGAAGCCAUUAAGUUCCUUAUACCACUUAAGAAUCUAAUUGGAGAUGAUAUAGAAACACACUUAUUAGCAUUUGAAAUAUACUUUAGAAAAGGAAAGUUUCUGUUAAUGUUACAGUCUGUCAAAAGAGCUUUUGCUAUCAACAGGAAUAACCCAUGGCUUCAUGAGUGCUUGAUUAAAUUCUCUAAAGCUGUGUCUGACCAUAGUAACCUCCCAGAAAUUGUGAGCAAGGUUCUAACUCAAGAAAUGCAGAAAAUCUUUGUUAAUAAAAACCUGGAGAGUUUUAAUGAAGAAUUUCUCAAACACAAUGCUACCUCCAUUCAGCACCAACUGUCAGGUGCAAAGAUGAUGUAUUUCCUGGACAAAUCAAGACAAGAAAAAGCAAUUGCUGUUGCAACUAGAUUGGAUAAAAACAUGAGAGACAAAAAUGUGAAGACAUUAACAAAGGUUUUUGAGGCGUUGCUUGAUGGCAGUUUUGGAAGCUGCCAUGCUCAAUGUGAAGAAUAUCAAGCAGCAUGUCAUAAACUGUUCCCUUUUACGUCUGCCUUCAUGCCUGCCACAAAUGAAGACAACAGCAGCAUUGCAUCUGUGAAUCACACGGCCAUUAACCAUGAUUUGCUGUCCAAUGAAAUCUGAAGUAGUGUGUGCAAGCCCCUGUGUGUGUGUGUGUGUACCUACAUGCACACAUGUAUAUGAAACUCUGACUCUCAUUACAUGCUGGCUGGAUACAGAUCAGGGUUACUUUUCCAGGUUGUAUUUUAAUAUCUUUAACAGGUAUCUAAAACAAAAUAUUUGGAUAGUUAAAUGGAGUAUGCUAUUAGGGUUUUUUUCCUCCCAAUGAAAACUGCCAAUAUUUAUGUAAACAUCUUUAAUCAGCAUUUUUCAUGUUUAUACUUGUACAGGUUUAAGUCUUUUAAUAAUUCAUCAGCCCUCCCUCACAAUAAUAUGGAUAUUAAAGACUGCUUUCACUUAAGUGUUGUUACAUAUGCAGAUAUAUGUGAACAUAUCUUGUUAAUAAAUUAUCAUUUGAGAGUUUUUAGCAGAUUAAGACGGAAGUGCUGCUUGAAUUGCCCUCUUUGACUUUACUGUUCUUUAGGGGUUUUUUUCUGGGUUGUUUUGGUUGGAUUUCUUUUUUAAUCUUUGGUCAGUUUGGUUUCUUUUGAAGCACAGCAACAAUGAAAGCAUUGGGGGGGGGUUGCAUGUUUUAGUCAGGUGUGUGUCUUAUAUGGAACCAGUGUUGACAGAUAAGAAGAUUAGGUUUGUGUAAAAAAAACCCAAACCAACAAAUAUCUAAGGCUUUUUGAAAACUAUUCCCUCUAUCUCGUGUUCCAUAGCUAUCGUUUCCUUAGUUUUAUUGUCAGUUUAACAUUUUAAAGUUUUAAUAUCCUGAAGCAAUUCCCUGAGAAGACAUAAUGAAUUUGAAUACUGUUGUUCGUCCUUUGUUUCAUCUCCGCUUUCCUCUUCUUCCUUCUGGUUUCUCCGCAUUUGUUCACCUAUUGACACUUAGGAUGAAAAAGCUGCUCCAAUUUUGUGCAAGUGCUGAAGGUACAGUAAUGGGUAAUACAGUUUUUCUCUGCAUCAUAAAAACUCACUGGUGGGUGUGCUGUAUUACCUCCAUUAAAAGUCUUAGUUGUCUACUUAAGUAUUAUGGCCAAUACUCCAGAAUUUCUCCUGCCUAAAUGCUAUUGCUGUAGGUGCUGAAAGGCAAAACAGAGAAAUAUGUUUUACAUUUUAAAACUGUUUAAGGGAGCACAAAGAGGCUGACUACAAAUCAUAAUGAACCUUUUUCUUACUUUGUACUCUGGUGCAUUAACUAUUAAAUAUACAACACAUCAAAAUGGAAGUUUAAAUCUAAUAUACCUAUUUAAAGCAUAGCAUUGCUAGACAAAAUGGCUACGUAUCACAUGACAGCUUUACAUUCUAUAAAGACUGCUAUCAAAACAUAAUUAUACUGUGGCUUGUACAGAAAAUUUCUGGAAACCGUAAUGGAAUUAUUCAAUCUCGGUUUGUUUUUAUUUCACUGCAAUGUAAAUAAUUUCAGUAAUAUUAACUAGCCCCUCAAAGGCAAAUACCAGUUCAUGAAGAGGGGAUUUUAUUAAGACAAAUAAACUGUUCUAAUUAAAAUUCUCCUUUGUGUGUCAUCUGUUUAGAUUAAAAAAAAUGUUGAAUGGAAAAUUCACUGUAAAAUAUUGCCAACAUAUGUUAUGCUGUAAUAAAUUAUUUUGUACACA